AUAGUGUAUAGUGUCAUAUUGUUUCGUGAUAUGUGUUGAUUUAGGAUAACACAUUAGUUGAUAAUUCCAUGAGUGAUUUAUUUCUUUCGUGGGUCAAUCUUAUUUCUGAACUGCAGCUCACCUGUUUUUCUGUUGUCUUCACAAAGUAUAAAUACAAAUCCGAAUAACAUAACAUGUUUUGAAACCUUCAUAAGCAUCAUCUUCAACAGUCGUAGGAGGUCCAAAAGUAGACCGUAUUUUCUUAUUUGCGUGCCGUUGUGAAAGUUUGGAUUGUAUACGUAAGGGAAAUCGUUGAGCAACUUUUAUAGCACUUUUGUCCUUCUUCUAUGAGUCUGUUGGGGGACACAAAACCAUAGAGUAAAAGUAUUAUUUUGUUCAUGAUAAUAAUAACAUUAUUUGACUGGAUUAAUGGACUGAACAUGUGAUACGUAGUGUUAUCAUUACCAUCGUCGUCGUCGAUCUCAUAUUACGUAGUCUCAGAUUUUCUGCUGUUGGUGAUUUGAUUGAACGAGGCCAAAAGCCAAGAAUACUUACGUACUCCUAAGUAAUCAAAGAAAUGGGAUUGGAAAUGUGUAUCGGUUGAGUCUUAUUUAAUCCAAUCAUAAAAAUAGACCCAAGCGAUAAUAAUACAUGUACCCACUGAAUUAUAUAUGGAGCUCUGCCGUAACUGUACUAAUAAUAAAUAAACGACGUUUUUUGAAUGGCUGGCUGGAUAAUCAAAUAGCCUUAUUUCGAGCAGUGCAUAGCCUGCUCCUUGUACACAUACUUCGGCCUUCCUGUUAUCAUAAGACUGAUUUAAUUGAUAUUUGGUUUGGUAGUAGUCUGGCUCUGUUCAUUAUUCACCGACCUAUAAGUGAAUGUAUUCUGUGCACACGAGUCUCUGCUAAUUGUCAGUUUCGAUGAGGCAGGUCAUAGUCCAGAAAGGCAGGAAUUGAAUGCAUGCCUAAGUGUAUUCAUGGUUGGCUCAAGAUGAGAUUUUUGUUAAAUUUUUUGAGCUAGGGUUGCAUCAGUUGCAUGUCGGUGACGUGUGACCCAGAAAUGAAAUUCUCCAUAGCUUCUGAACAGCCGUUUUGAGAUGGUAAAGCAGAAUGGGGGAUCCGGUUGGUUAGUAAAAUCCUUAUUUAGUCCUGUUAAUCAACAGCAGUGCAAAAUAUAAUCACAAAUGUGCACUGUUAUAAGAGUGCAAACGGACAGAUGAGUCAUGCAAUCCAUUGUUGACUGAUUGAUAUGAUAUGAGAGUACAGUGUUAUUAUGUUAUCAUUCCGCAUGUAACUCGUCCAAAACAAUGCAAACAAACAACAUAAUGUUGUGUGGCGAAAAGAUUUUCGGUGGCAAUGAGGGAAUAUCAACUCUGUUAUAUGCUGCAUGACAAUCAAUUUGUAAUCAGAGUAUCAAUUCGGGAAACAAUGAAACCAUGAGCUUAGAUAGAACUUCAAGCGGGGGAAUUGGUUAAGUCAUAUCUGCAGUGUAUAUCUAGCAAUUCCUUGUGGAGGAUAUGGAUAGGGCAUGUUUUACAUCUGGGCUCGUGUAAUCGUGUUUUGUGACGGUUGUUGAUGGGUAUUCAUAUUCUGCGAAUCUGUUACAUAGCUCCUCCGGAAAUCUGGUAAAUAACUUCAAAACUAGAAAGAUGUCAUACAACAAAUGUGCUCCAUUCAUGUUCUGGAUGUGCGUAUUAUAUAGGAGUUGAGUAUUGCGGAUCUUCUUCUGCUGUACAUAAGACCAAACUGGGUGUACAUGCACUUAAAUGAGCAUUUAUCUGCCACCCUGCUUAUGGAUGUGUUGGGCUUUCCACGCUGUGUGGUGACUGAACUCUUUCUCGGCGAUGAUUUCGCAUAAAAAUAGAUUCGGGAGUUUGUUUAAAAUUUGUCUAAAAAUAGGGUUGUUCUCACUCUUACUUCUUCCUCGUCGUCCUCCUCCCUCCCUUGCAGCUUAGUUCUUGGGGAGGAGAGGGCGGAUGACAUGACACUUUUACAACACUAGUUUUAGUUACAAUCCGGCAUUUUCUUGCCGUUCUCCUUCCUCCUCCGCUUCUUUCUUUCUCUGUUUCUCCUUGUGAGUACGACGACGACGGCUGCUAAUAACGUCAGUGAAGAGGAAAUAUAUAAUAUUAUUCAAUUAGUCGCUUUCUCGCCAAUAAUCCGCUUAUUCUCUCUCGUCUCUAAUUCGAGUAAAGUGGACGUUUGACUAAAGUGUAAUUGGUUGCGGGUGGUUGGUUGGUUUUAGUUUGUCAGUUUUUGAAAGAGCAUAUCCAGGCGGCCAGACUCGAGGUGAUUUCCCAACCCCGUCGAAGAUUCAAAACAGAAAAGUCUAUAUUGUUGACAAGGAGCUUCCGAGAAAGUGAAACUCGUAUUCAGUCAGUCCUCUUCUGCCAACCAGCAAGGCGAGGACAAGUUGAAGGUCAUAGUUGAUCUCGUGGCCAACGCGUAGAGAGAGCGAGAGAGAAGUGGAGAAAGAGCCGUCGUGGUGUUAUCGUUGCUAUUCAUGAUAGACUUGUUAUUAUACGGUACGUUUCUCUCUGGUGGGACGAUCCCCCGUUCCUUCUCGUGACCAGCACCACUGCUCCGCCACCCAUCUUUUUCUUCUGGAAAGCUCCAUAGAGGCAGAAGAGAGGAAAACAGGUUUCGUUCCCAUCCAACAAUAAGCGGAAAAGGGAUCGAUAUUUCCAGCCAAGAACUGAAAUCCGGGUAGCGGCCACCAUCAAUUCCAGCCAGAUACAACCUUGCCGCUUCCUCUCCUUCCUUCCUUCAGUGCGUCGUAGUAAUAGUAGUAGAACUGGUAGUGGUAGAUAGAACUACUUGCAAAUAAUAAUAUAAUGUCUGCAAAAAUCGAUCCCGCCGUGCAGAAAUGCAUCGGAGCUCUGCAGGGUGCUAAGAAUGACACUGAAAAGAUGGCUGCACUUUUCCUCGUCACCAAAGUUGUAAAAGGCAGCAAGUUGACGGCGGAUGGGCGAAAUGCAUUAUUCGAAGCGAUCGGAUUUAAAUUCCUCCUCCGCCUCCUCGUCUCCCCAUCCACGCCAGAAUGUCCGGCCGUGUUGUACAAAUCCGUCGCCCUCACCAUUCUUACCACCUUCUGCUCGGACCCCAAAAUUGCGGAGAGCAAGGACAUGUUGGAUGCGGUCCCGAUUUUCUUGGACAUUAUAGAGAAAGCUGAUGAGGAGGGAGACGAGGAGGAUGACCAAUUGCUCCAGGUCGUGCGGGAGUCGUACCAUUGUCUCAAGUCCGUCGCUUCCGUGGGCAUGGGGAAAGAUGCGCUCGUCUCCUCUGGAGCGAUUCCACGACUUUGUGAGCUCUUUGCAAACCAAGCUUUUAAUUGCGACGAAGCUCUGGAAAUAAUUGCUACGGUGGGGACAAAGUUGAAACACAAGACUUGGGCCCAAUCUCCAGACUCAUUUGUGGAUAUCAUGGAUCGUCUCACUCUCCAAUUCGAGACGGAUCAGUCAGAUCAAAAGUUUGAGCUUUGUGGACUCAUGGCCGGCAUCAUCCCUACCAGCAACAUUACGACGGAAGACUUUUACACCAAGUUCUGGCCCUCCGCCAUCCUCAAAGGACUCGUGGAUAUUCUCUCGAGCAAGAUCACAGAGAAGCAGAGGAAUCCAGCUCUGCGACUCGCCUCCGUCAUGCUCUCCACUCUGGGCGUUGACUGGAUCAUCAAGAAGACGGAACAAGGGCCCGAGGCUUAUCAAUUCCUCGUUCUUCUCGUCCACCUGAGUUGCAUUGAGGUGAGGAUGGCACUGGAAAAUCGCUCCCUUGAUAAGGUGAUGGCAAACGACGACCUGAUUGGGGCAUGCUACUCAAUCAUUGAAACUACUGUGAGGUUCAUGUCUGGGACUCACUUUGAGAACUUGGAUGAAAAGCAGAAGGAACAGGUGUUCCACUCACUCAAGGGAGCUUACUGGGCAGUCUUGGGCUUCAUCAAUCAAAUUCAAAAGGAGGCAAUGAAAAAUCCCCGAAAAUUUUGGGAUGCAAGAAAAAAGCUGUUGACAUGUGCGUCCAUCCGAUGUUUGGCUGCCUGGUUGGCGGACGAGGCUGCAUCCAUGAAGGAAGAUGUGUAUAAAAUCCUGCCUUUCAUGCUCGCCCUGGCAUUCGAAACCCUGCAGGAUGAUGAGGACAGCCUCAGCCCAGAGAAUCAGGUGUUGGCAGAGGUGGGCAAAUGUAUGGAACCCUUGAUGCCGGAAGUACUUGUCACCCUCCUCCCUGCACUCUGCAACUUCACCGCGGAGGAGCGGGGUGUUCAUAUGAUCAUGGACUCUGAGGGGGAGCAGCACCUCUCGCGCUUCCUCAACCACAACUGGUCCGUAUACAAAAAUCUUAAAGAAGUUCUCGAGAAAAAGCUGCGACCCAAGAAGCCUGGAAGCAAGAAGGGGACGCCUGGGGAGGAGGAGUUAGAAAUGAGUCAAGAGGAGAUCAAGUCCACUCUCAUCCGACUCAGAGUAGCCAUGCAAAACACGUGCAACAUUUUCAUCAACACCACCGUCUUGGAUCCCGAUGUCGUGGCGACCUCUUCAGUAUUCCAACAACUGAUGCGAUGGGCAUUCAACGCUAUGCCCCACCUGACCAACAAUGAGGACGACCUUCCCCUCAUGGGCAACGUGGCCUCGCUGGGCCUGCUUUCCCUCAUGAACAUUGCAAAGAAGACGCUGGAUGCGAAGCAACGAGGAGAGUCCAUCUCUCCGGAGGAAGACUUUAUCACCACUCAACUCAUCUCUGGCUCCGAUAACACUGCCUUCCGGUUUGGACAGGCUGUGGUUCGCUUCGUCUGGGACGCUCAUCUUCCAGACGAGGUUCAAAGUCCACCCUCUCUGGAAAUCACGGCCAACUACAGAUCCGUGUGGAAUGAGAUUAAGGAAAUGUGGUUCCUAAGUCUGCAAACGGUCGGUGGACUGCUUGACAUCCUCCCAUGGUUGGCAGAUUUUUGUGCCGAGAGUGGUUUCCUUGAGGCUCUCAUUAAGAACAUUUCCCUCGCCUACAAAAGCAGAAUUGAGCAGGGAACCAUGUCCGCGUACGAAGAUUUUCUCUGCCAGGCCACCCUUUGCAAAAACUCUGAAAAGGCGGCGUCGGUGCUCAAGAGUAAGGGGCCCGCUCUUGCAAAGAGUCACCACUUGCGAGCACUGGGCAAAGCGCUCAAGGAAGUUGGGGUCGAGCUAUAAGCCAUUUAAUACUUAUUCAUUUGCAUAAACAUCUUUUUCUACUUUCUACAUCCUCCUCCUCUACACACCAGUUUAGUUUUUUUGCAUUCAACUUAUCAAUUCAUUUAUCUUUAAUUAAUUUCGAAUACUUGAAAAGUGACAAAAAAUAAAACACUUGAGACUCGAGUGCAUUUUUAUGACUAUUCUCGUGUUAUUAAAAUGUUAGAUUGGCAAUGAACAAUAAAUGAAUGUAGAUGGAUGGGUAUUUUAGAUUGGUGUUUGAUUUUUUUUAAAUAUGAAACUCAAUUAUAGUAAGUGAGCACACUUACAUAUUUCCACGCGGCUUGUUUUUUUAUGUAAUUAAUCUCUCAGCCUCAACUCUAAAGUCAACAAUAGCUUGUUACUACAUAUAUAAUCAGCAUCAUUUGUUGGUAUUUAAUAUCAGUUGCAACGCAAAUGUUCAUGUUUUUUGUUGAUAAACUAACAACAAGUCCAAUGUACUCUGCACAGAAUAAGAUCCAUGUUUUUGUUCACGUUUUGACUUAUGAACUCUGCUGCUGUCAGUCGGUGGCCAUGCAGUAGGUAUAUGAUUGAUACUGCCACAACUAAUAGAGGGGGACGAAGAUUACAUUGUUUGCUUUUAAUUGAAAUGAGGUUAUUAUACAAUAAUAAUCAUAUAUUAAUAGUUGUAUAAGUACGGACAAAUCUGGCGACCUUUUUACACUAUACAUAUAUUUACUAAUGAUAAUGCGAAUUAUUAGAGUUUGACACUGUGGAAGGCCACACAUGGCACAGGGUCCACUAUUAGGAAUGAACUCAUGCAGGUUGUUAAACAUAUAUCAUUGUACAUUACCACAUAGUCCAUACUUAAAAUUUGCAUGCAUGCGCGUUUCUCCGAUAAGAUACGACAAUAUGUACAGACAAAACAUUGCCUUCGUUGCCCAUGUGUGUGCAAACUUUCUCUCUUAAUUAUUUUCUCUGAUGGGAAAUAUUCAGGAAAAAGAAGACACGAGGUGUACCAGUAGCUUACUAGUAUUAUUGUUUAUCAUUUACACUAAGUUCUAGUCUUACAAUGUUGAUAAACGAUGUGUUUUUGAAUGACUAAAAGCUAUUACAAAUUCAUACUAUUAUUACUUUACUAUUGAUUUAUGAUGUUGUUCUGUAUGGCUGAAUAUUGGAUUUGUGGUAAAUAAAGUGGGUGCAUUAGCAAAGUUCAAA